UCGGGAACAGUUCAACAAUGGGCUCAGCAACAUUUCUUUUAAUUUUGCUUGUUCUUAAAUGUGUGGUUGGGUUGCCUGUUCCACAGCACAAUGAAAUUGAUGUGGAUGGAGGAAAAGACUUGGACAUUUUUGAUAUCAAUCAAAAUUUGGGUUUAGAUCUUUUUGAAGGGGAUAUUAAAAUUGAUGAGAUAAAGGAAAGAAACUCAAUCAUUGGUGACCAAUACAGAUGGCCAAUACCAGUUCCAUAUUUUUUGGAGGACAGCUUGGAAAUUAAUGCUAAAGCGCUUGUUCUGGAAGCAUUUGAACGUUACCGACUUAAAACAUGCAUUGAUUUCAAGCCUUGGGAAGGAGAACCUAACUACAUCUCUGUGUUCAAGGACAGUGGAUGUUACUCAUAUGUUGGGAACUUACGCAGAGGAAAACAACAGCUAUCUUUGGGAACUAACUGCGAUAGGAUAGCUACUAUUCAGCACGAGUUCCUUCAUUCACUGGGAUUCUGGCAUGAGCAGUCACGUUCUGACCGAGAUGACUAUGUCAGCAUUAUCUGGGAGAAGAUUCAGUCUGGGCGUGAGAACAAUUUUAAUAAAUACAAUGAUACCCGAUCCAGCGCCUUAAAUGUCCCUUAUGACUACACAUCUGUUAUGCACUAUAGCAAGACGGCUUUUCAAAAUGGCUCCGAUCCAACCAUUGUAACGAGGAUUGCAGACUUCAGUGAUGUCAUUGGACAGCGUAUGGACUUCAGUGACUAUGAUCUCCAAAAAUUGAAUCGCUUAUAUAACUGCUCGUCUUCUCUCACUUUCAUGGACACAUGUGACUUUGAGUACAAUAACAUCUGUGGAAUGAUACAAAGUUCAGGAGAUAAUGCUGACUGGGUGCAUGUAAUUAACGUUCCUACAGGGCCAAGUGAUGAUCACACACACCUGGGACAAUGCAAAGAAAGUGGUUAUUAUAUGCAUUUCAGCACUAGCACAGGUACUGCUGGAGAUAAAGCAGUAUUAGAAAGCAGACUUUUUUAUCCAAAGAGAAAUUUCCAGUGCUUGGAGUUCUUUUACUACAACAAUGGAAAUGAAAACGACAAGCUAAACAUCUGGAUAAGGGAGUAUACAGCAUCGAAUCCCAAUGGUACGCUGAGAUUUGUCAGCAGUGUAAAUGGUAGACCUGCAGACUAUUGGCAGCUCCAGCAUGUCUCACUAAAUGUAACCAACAAAUUUCGAGUCGUAUUUGAAGGCAUUAAAGGUGCAGGAAGUUCCACUGGUGGCUUUUCCCUUGAUGACAUCAACCUGUCAGAAACACGGUGCCCUCAUCAUCAGUGGCACAUAAGAAAUUUUACACAUGAGUCACAAAAAGACAAUUUUACUCUCUUUAGCCCACCUUUUUAUUCUAAUGAUGGAUAUGCAUUUCAAGUACAAAUCAGGAAGAAUCAAGAUGUCAACCCAUCUGAUCUUGCAAUAUAUUUCCAUCUUAUCUCGGGAGCAAACGAUGAUAGUCUAGUGUGGCCCUGUUCUUUAAGGCAAGCAACCAUGGUACUCAUGGACCAAAAUCCAGACAUUCGAAAACGUAUGUCAAAUCUGAGAAGUAUUACUACAGAUCCAUUCAGGAUGACAGAGAAUAAGUUUUAUUGGGAUAAACCUUCAAUGAUUGGAGUACAAGCUACAUUCCCUAAUGGAACCACAUAUUUCCGUGGACCAGGAUUGGGAACAUCUGCAUAUAUAACCCAUGCCAGGCUUCAUAGCAGAGACUUUCUAAAAGCAGAAGAUGCUAUCUUUCUUUUCUCAGUAGAUGAUGUAUCCUAUCUAAAUACAUCUCAACCAACACCCACAGUCAGUGUCAUGACAACAAAACCUUCACAGUCAAAUACGACUACAACAACACCAGUCAUUCCCACAGGCUGUGAAAAAUAUAUCUGUCAAAAUGAUGGUGUUUGUGUUGUUGAGAAUAAGACUCCAGUAUGCAGGUGUAAAGUAACUUCAGACUGGUGGUAUGUUGGAGACAAAUGUGAAAAGAAGGUAUCAAGCAAGGACACAGUUAUAAUUGCAGUUUCUUCCUCAGUCACCAUAUUUGCUGUCAUGUCAAUAGUUACCAUUGUGAGUGUGGUCUGCUUGAAGAAGAAGCACAAAAAACUAAUGAAAAACCAGGGGAAAAGCGUCACAAUGGAAAAUAUAAAUGCAUCCUAAGCUCAUUGAGUAUUAUAAUACCAGGAAAGAAAACACUGAUCUGCAGUUCUCCAUACCAGCUUCUUUUAAUCAUCUUUGUGAAUCAUAUUGAACAAGAAUAAAACAAUACCAAGACUGUAUAAUCAUGACCUCUGUAAUGUUCACAAAGCUGAUAAAUUUCAAUAAACCUUUUAUUUCAAUAAACCCUUUUAAUAAAAUCAAUCAUAAC